GUGUAUAGUUAGUGUGCUCAAAGGUCUGAGCGGGCAGCUUCACAGCAAGCAAACAUGCCUCCAAAGAAGAAAACAAAAAAGACCACAAAGAAGAAGCCAGAGAACAGUGAAAAUGACUUGGAAGCAAAGUAUAGGCGCAGUAUUCUGGAUGUAGCCAUCCUACAGGAUCACAUUGCCUUCCAGUGUGAAUCUGUAAAAAAGGUCCAGUCUGAUCGAGCUGACCUGAGGAGACGCGUGAGAGACACGGAGCAGAAGCUGCAGCGCGAGAGACAAGACCACAGGGACGUCAACUCUGACCUCAGUCGGCAGUACAAAACCAUGCAGACAGAGCUGGGCAGCAAGGUGAUGAGGCUGGAGGAGGAGGUCGGCCAGCUGAAGGAAGAGCUAGUGCUGUGUCAGGAGGAACUGAGGAAAGAGAAAAGAGAGCGUGAGCAGGUGGAGCGGGAGAAGGACACCACCAUAGCUGACCUCCAACACAAGCUGGACAACAUGGAAAGAGACUAUGAGAAGAUCCUACAUGAGACUCUAGACAGCCUGACUUCCCAGCUGUCUGUGGCUCGACAGGGAUGGGAGGACAAGAGCACGACCCUUCAUCAAAAUUACAAGGAGCUGCUCUCUGAGUUCGGUCUGAAUGCACAGCACAUCUAGAAGACAAAUGAAAGCAGCUGCUCUUCUCAGUGGGACACAUUUAUUUAAUGUUGCAUCUACAACUUGUUUCAGUUUGAUCAGACUGUUGCAUCUGUUUGGCAGAAUUGAAAGUGAUAUCUGCAAUGGCACCAAUACGCAAUUCACAAUUUAGUACGCCUAACACACCGAUGGAUGUUCUUAUUAUAUAAUGUUUUACCUUCAGAGCACAAAGCAGACCGACUCACCUAUGCAUGUAUUCAGUAGCUCACCAUGUAGUGUCUGUAAUGUUGUGUAAUGCCCACUAGAUGUAGCAAAUGACUGUUUACAGUCGGGGGAGAUGAUGGCCACUAUAUCUCAAAUACACAGACUUUUUUUUAUUUUUUUUUAGAAUAUUUUAUAUGUGUAAAUACAUUGUUGUUUUGGUGACAGGAUAUUUCUCAAGUCCAAUAAAAGUAUGAUAAUUACACUAA